CACAACUCACAACUCACAACUCACAACUCACAACUCACAACUCCAAACACAAACUCCAAACUACAAUCACUCUGACAAUCCAUCCAACUGGUAGUAGUCUAGCUAUUAGUAUUCAUCAUGCCUCGUCCCAAAGCAGCUAAAGCCAGCAACCCGAAGCUCUCUGGUGCUUCAUUUUCCAGCAGCACUUUUACCAUUCGGGGCAAGGAAGGUCGGCUGCUCUUUUUCCUGUUGGUGGUGUGGGCCGCUGUGGUUCAACCGUGGAGUUUUGUGCGAUCCCUUCCCCCAUCCUCCUCUACCACGAGUAGUACUACUAGUAGUACGAGUGCCAAUGAACCCCGAUCUCUGUUGAAGAGUCCUUCAGUUUCGUCAUCACAAUCAUCAGCAUCCCAACAACAACAACCAGCAUCACAAGAAUCCCUCUUCAAACGAAUAGCUCCACUCCAUUUUCCCAUGGACAUGAAGACGGGCACCAUUCAGUUUCCUCCUGAUGUCACGUCGGUGAUUAUUGACAUUGGAGCUCGUCAAUCGGAUUACUUGGGGACACUGGAAGUCAGUCCCGAAGAAUCCUCCAUUGCUCUUAUCCUAAUCGAUCCCUUGCCCGAAUCCAUUGUCCCCUUGCAACAUCGGGCCGCCUACUAUGCCAUACAAAAUAGUCCUGGCAAAAAGCGAACCCCCGAAGAUCCACUCGACGCUCAGAAACGCGAUCGCGUCUUUGCCAUUCACGCCGCCAUGGGUCCAAACGAAGGAACGGCCGAAUUCCAAAAAGCUGUCGCGGGAUCGUGUGGAUCGCUCUUGCCCAAUACCAAAACGGGCGUUCAAGCACAAUCCUGUAUCGGGACCACGGGAACCAUGACCGUCAUGGUGUUUCCACUCAAAGAUUUGUUGGAUCUCAUCCCUACGACAACUAUCAAAUCCAUUCAUCUCAAAGUCGAUGCGGAAGGCGCCGAUUUGCAAGUCUUAAAAUCCGCCGGCGAUUCGCUGAAAAAGGUAUCGAGUGUCGUUAUUGAAUGUCAGGAUUUGGAACCCAACGACAAACGCAUCCUACGACAAGGAGCCUGUCUCUUGUCACAAGCCAAAGAGUACAUGUGUCAAACGCAAACCUUUUGCAAUACCAAAGCGGAAAUUUCGGGAAAGGAAAAUCGCAUGGUCAAUGCGUUCUUUACCAAACAAUCAACAGCAGCAACGAUUCAUGUGCCAUCUUUUUUGCAAAAAUCGGGGAUUCAAUUUUCCAAGUGGUAUCAAUCCAUUGCAGGAGUUGCGGUAUCAUGAUUCGAUUCUUUCGUCGUCCCCUAACAAUAUCGUACUCUACGGUACCUCCACUUGUCAUUCACGGGUUGGUUGGUUUUAUUAAUUACUUGGAAAAGCAAACCAAGCAACAUUGGACUUGGGGUAUUCAAGCCAAAAAAUUGGGGCAAUCCUUCCUGUAUGAGCAGAGUGUACGCCUCCUUAUGCUUUGUUCGUGGCCCGUUCUCUAUCUGUAAUAUGCACCUUUUACUUUUAAAAGACUUUGAUUCUAAUUUGUC